AUGAAUGUGAGCAAGCUCCAUUCUUACAUAAGUCUUCUCGCUUAUUGGAGCAGUUUACGUACUGAGCUUGGCAACGAUGCUUGCUUUGUUGUGCAACUUUGUAAAGGAUCGUCAUUUGAAAUUCUCAUCGAAGCAGCAACAGUCCUUAGAACAAUAUGAAAGCCCUCCGAAAUGUCAGAAUGCUCACAUAUUCUGGUGCAACGAUGUUGCUGCGCCUCCAGUGCAACACAUCUACGCAUAAGUAGAAGCGAUGCCCCUUCGUGUACAUUGCCCAAUACAAAUCAAAAGCAGCUCCACUCUUUGAAGUUUACCACUGUCCUCCUCUCCCGCGCUUUACCUUGACGCUGGGCCUUCCCACUGGCUGAAAACCGUCGUGUUUCCUCCCGUGCCUUUUUGUUGGUUGUUUUUUGCUUCCGCCGCCUUCACGGUGCCAAACAUUGCGAGCGGUGUACCCAGGCACCAUGUUUCACACCUCCAUUGUGCUUUUGUACGAAUUUGUAUGUUUGCAAUGCAGUGUUGCUUUGCCUUCGAUUACAGCACAACUGAAAGGGAUGGCACGCAACUAUUCUGUAUUCCAUCUGCCAAGUGAGAUUCGGCCGAGAGGGAGGUUUGGCUUCGAAGAAUCAGCUGGGGUGAUUUCAACGCAACGCAAUGGUCCCGGCUCUCUGAGGAGCAAUCCUUGUGAAGAGAACUCGCAUGAUGACAUGGGCCUGCUUGGCCUCAGUACGAGUCCCCUCUGUGACAUCCCACUUAUGUGAUCGGUAUGACGAGGUCAGAGGAAUUCAGCAACCCACUGUGCCAACUGUGAAGGAGACCACCCUGUCUACUCCCGAUCCUGCGCCACUGGAAAAAAGAAAAACAAAUAAUGGAACUGAAGCAUCGAGGCCUUCCAGCUGUCAAGCUGCCACUACGGAAAGUGCCAAGUCACAUGAGGGACGCCGCCACCACUGUAACUUCUGUGACUAUAAGACUGAUAAUGUAUGUCGUCUGAAAAGACACACCAUGUGCCAUACAGGCGAGCGGCCGUUUGAAUGCCAUUUGUGCCCUCAGAGCUUCUCACGAAAGUACGAUCUCAAAGUACACCUGCGUACUCACAGAGGGGAGAGGCCAUUUCAGUGCCCUUCAUGCCUUCGGAGCUUCCAACAAAAGACUCAUCUCAAUGUACACCUCCGCAUUCACACAGGGGAGAGGCCAUUUCAGUGCCCUUCAUGCCUUCGGAGCUUCCAACAAAAGACUCAUCUCAAUGUACACCUCCGCAUUCACACAGGGGAGAGGCCAUUUCAGUGCCCUUCAUGCCCUCGAGGCUUCUCACUUAAGAGCACUCUUACUGAUCACCUCCGCACUCACACAGGUGAGAGGCCAUUUCAGUGCCACUUAUGCCUUAAGACGUUUACAAUGAGAGGCAACCUUAAUAAGCACCUGCGCCGUCACAAGGGCAAGUGGGUUGCGAGGCAGCAUGUGGUGUCCACAGGAGGACAGUAUAGCUUUGCUGACCUCACCCUAUUCUCCACCGACGGUAAGCCCCACCGCAUAUGCAUGGUUUGGAACAGUAAAAAUUCCACAGGAACUGUAGUGGAGCGACCAGCCAUCUCCUCCUCCAACUUGCCAAGCUCCCUGUGCUCUGCCAAAGCCUAUGGAGAGGCCAACAAGGGCGGUUUCGAGGGUGUUAAGCUGAGUGUGGGUGAAGGAAACGUAAGGCACAAAGUACAGGAACUUGUUGAGGGCGAGCGCAUGGGCAACUCGGCACGCAUGAGCCUCGUGGAGGCCCGAGCGCCGAGUGACCACGCGCCGCAGGAGCAAUGCAAUAUGUCCCGUGUUGAAGCAGCUCAAGCAUCGAGGCCUUCCAGCUGUCAAGCUGCCACUACGGAAAGUGCCAAGUCACAUCAGGGACGCCGCCAUCACUGUAACUUCUGUGACUAUAAGACUGAUAAUGUAUGUCAUCUGAAAAGACACACCAUGUACCAUACAGGCGAGCGGCCGUUUGAAUGCCAUUUGUGCCCUCAGAGCUUCGCACAUAAGUAUAGUCUCAAGGUACACCUGCGCACUCACACAGGCGACAAACCGUUUCAGUGCCCUUCAUGCCCUCGGAGCUUCAACAGUAAGGGUAACCUCAACGAACAUCUGCGCACUCAUACAGGCGAGAGGCCAUUUCAGUGCCCUUCAUGCCCUCGGAGCUUCUCGCUUAAGUGCAAUCUGAAUAAUCACUUGCGCACUCACACAGGCGAGAGGCCAUUUCAGUGCCACUUAUGCCUUAAGACGUUUACAUUGAGAUGCAACCUUAAUAGGCACAAACGCCAUCACAAGGACAAGUGACCCUUUCAAUGCUAAUUCUGUUUUAAGAGCUUUUUCGUUAACUCCUUAUUUACUUGUCGGAACUGUGCAAGUGUCAAUGAACCUCUGUAAGACAUAUAAAGCUUUGUGUCUAGUAUCAAAGAUAUGCCUCCAUCAUUACUACUUGUGUAUUCUUAUGCAUAUAGGAAACUGCUGCAAAGUAGACUUCUAUGAGUGCGCGUGCAUAGCUUCCUGCCAUCCAGUGAUAGUGCUUGUUUAUGCUUGCAGCAAGUUUUACUUGAUUGUAUUUGUUGGUUUGAUCUUGAUGGGUGGCUAUUAAAAGACACCUGCGACAAAAUAAGUAUUGUUUUGGCAGCGUAUGUCUGCUGUGUCUUAAUACUUUGUCUCAGCCUGCCAGCAUGGUGUAGCAAUGGCAACAAGAAAUGUAUUCACAUAUUGGAAUGCAAGGGCUUUGCUGUUUGUGCAUUGUAGUGACAAGUACCACCGUUUGAUGAGGCAACAGCAUUGCAAAGGAU